UCUGAGCUUGGAGAGUGCAAUAAUUUAUGCACGCCCGUUCGAACGAUAAUGUAGACGAUAAGAAGAGUUCUAAUAGAAUGUUUGUAUUGGUUCCGUUUAGUUUUUGGAACUAUCCAAUUAAUGUAGUUCCGUUUUCGCGACUAUACAUAUAUUGUAUGUAUACAUAGAUAUACAAUGAUAAUCACAGAAUGAGUCAUUCUUUCUUGAGGGCCUGGCUUCGCGAAGCGUGACACGUCCUAGCUUUGUUCUUUAUGUUUAACUGAUUCCAUACUGGUUACGUAAGUAUUCUUUUAGUACUGUUCCACGUAAGUACCUGAUUCGCGUAGUUGGCUUAAUUGAUUGAAAACAAUGACGAUACAAUGUAUUUGAAAAUUAAUUUGAUAUAAUUCGUGAUCGGACGAUGGUUAGAAAGCGACAGGAUUUUCUGUUGAUUGUUGAAUUUAGUGUCGAUACUAUUGAGAAGUAUUUUAUAUACCUUUCUUAAAUAUAGCAUGGAGGUAGGAGAAACAACGGCAACAAACAGAGAAACAGUUCUAACGUAAUCGCAAGCGACUUUGGAGAGCUCUCUUUACAUUUUGUAUAAGAGAGCAUUACCGUCCGACAGUAUCCUCAUUGUCAGUCAAGUCCGGAUCAUUGAAUAUUCGAUGAAAUUUUGAUCAAACAUAAAAAGUGUUUCUAUUCGACUUACGAUUAAUCGUAUCAAGUUUAGUGCACAGUUUGUACAGAAUAUAAUAGGUACAUACACACAGUGAUUUCAUAGAAACUGAUCAUUCAUAAUAUUGUUAUAUCGAUGACACUGAAAUGCUCGGACGGGAAGGAUAUCGUACGUUAUUAUCGGUUCUAUUUUACGUUAUCAACAUCCUUUGUCACCGUUCACAAUUCUUAUGUCUUACGAUCGAUAAUCGACUAGCAGUUGUCACUAAUGAUUGUUAUUCAAGAAUAUCGAUUGGCUCGAAAUUAUCCGAUCCGGAUGUUGCGAUUCAAUUCACGGUAACCAGUUUAACAGAAUGCAAAGAACAAUGUUCGAAACGUGGAAAUAUUUGCAAUGCAUUUUCAUUCGGCGUUGGCGUAAAAGGUAAUGGCACAUGUGCAAUCAGCAACCAAACGUCGGUAAUGCUUGAAAAUCUACAAACUCAUACGGACUACGACGUUUAUGUAAAAAAGCAGCAAGUUUCGCCGUGGUGCGAUUUUGACCACCUCUAUGGAAACUUUGCGUUUCGAACCGAAGCUGAUUUAAUUAAAACCGAUGCUGACAAAACAAAUGAUGAAGAAGUUGUUACCAAUCUUAGCAAUACUUUAUCAACAUUAGUAUCGCAUUCAGUUUCCCUCGCCGUAUCACCGGUUAACAGAGAAUCGCAAUUUUUCAGAAGCAAAGAAGAUAUAGCAAAUUACAAACUCCUCGGUAUCUAUGAUCAAUCUAUCAAUCACCACGGACGUUUUCUUUCCGGUGACGACAGUCGUAAUAGAAUCCUAGACAGUCUUACAAAUAGAAAUGAGAGAACAGCAUUGAACAGUCUUUUUGUUAGCAUUUGUCAUCGGAAAGUACAAGCUGGCAGAAAAAUGAUAAAAGAGAUAAUUGAACGCCUCGUAAAUUGCGAGAACCUAGAAGAUUGUUGUCGGGUUUGCGAUUACGAAAAAUCUUUCGUUUGCAAAGGUUUUAAUCACAGACACAGAACGGACGAUUCCCAAUGUGUAUGCGAAUUAACGUCGACACCGUAUUCUCGCAUGGACGCUGAUGACGAUUUCUUAAUCGAUACCAACUAUGAUUAUUACGAGAGGGAACCGAAUUGUCUUCCUUCAACACGGCGGCGAGACGAUCCCUCGCAAUCGAAGGGUUCUUCUAAACUUUAUGAGCGGAUUAAACAGAACACGUGGCUAAAUCAAAAAGACAUAGAGAAAGAAGAUGGUUUCCAGGAACUGUCAACAUCGAUAAAUCGGCCACCUUUCUAUCGAGAAAAUUAUCCGUUGAAUGGCAAACUUACGAUUAGUAACCGGCCUACCCAUGGAUUCCGAGAACAAUUUCAUUACGACGAUCCUUCUGGUUUCGUUCCUGUUAAAAACACUCGAAAUUGGAACGAUAACUGGAAACAAUAUUUUCAAAUUCGUCAUUCCGAUUUUGCGGUCAAUGAGAAUUCGUUUCCCGAAUAUCGUUUACCGAAUUACGAUAAAGGAUCUUACGCGGACGUAAGAUCUUCAACAAGUUUUAUUAAACCUCGGCUCAGGGAUCAAUCUGUAUCCGGGCAAAAUGGAUUUAUGCUUUUAAACACAAACGAGUAUACCCAUGGAAGGUAUUUGAAUUAUGAUGAUAAGCAAUCAACUGACGAAGAACGCGAGCAGCCACAAGCGACCCGUAAAUGUUCAAUUAGAGCUAUCACAGGUUCGAAAUUAAGUAGAAAUGUCUUACGAAAAACUUGUGUGGCACACAAUUUGGAACAAUGCGAACAACUGUGCAUAAACGAAACAGACUUCCCUUGUGAAAGUUUUGCUUACAGGUACAAAGUGCUAAUUACAAAUCCGACCGAUAAUUGUUUACUAAGCGAUCUCUCCUAUCGAAAUAUCAACUUUUACACGGACCUUGAACCUGAUCGCGAUUACAACAGUUACAUCAUGAUACGAGAUGCCAAGAAGCAUUGCUAUUCUAAACAAUCAAUGAAUCAAUAUCCUUUGGAAGAAUGCUUUUCAAGAAUUAGAAGCGGAUUCGCUAUACCCACGUAUAUUAUAAAAAAAUUAUUAUUCGCUAAUGAUUUGGGAGAAUGUCAGUUCGCGUGUACGACGUCCCAAGAAUUUGUCUGCAAAAGUCUCGUCUUUAAAUACUUGACGGAAUACCCUGGGCAGACUGAUGAACGCAAAUCAUCAAAUUGUUUCUUAACCGAUUGGUCUUCGGAAGAAAUAAAUCCUGUUGAUAUGCCCGACAUGGAUGGUGCCGAAUUAUACGAAAGAAGCAGUUCUUCUUACGGUUGCGAAACGUAUACUCUACCAUUAUCAAUAUUGAAUACCAUUUUGCCUGGAUACAACACCAAGGAAUCCUCUUCCAUUCGCAAGGAUCAACUCUGUUACCUCGAACAUCAUAGACCAUGUAAAUUAAUGCCUCAUGCAAUAAUAUCUUCGAUGCGGACUGUUACGAAACCAGAGUGCCAACAAAGAUGUUCAGCAACGAGAAACAUCGACGUAACACUAUCUUGCAUGUCUUUCAACUAUAUAGUCGAUACCGACAACACCAGAGAUAAUUGCUUAUUAAGCGAUAUAUCGAUGCAAGAUCUAAGACCAAAUUUGGAUUACACUUACGACGACGACGACGACGACGAAGACGACGACGAUGACAAUAAUCAUAUGCUAUACACGUGGAAAGAUGUUGACCCAUAUUGCAGUUUGACAAUGAAUCAUUUUCACGCGAUAAAUAUUACACCAGCUUUUGAUAAAUACGAUCAUCCACAUUUGUUCACAACAUUAAAUCAUUCAAGUGGCCGUACAACACACUUGUUUAACACCGAUAUUCCGAUUUCGAUUCACGAUUCUAGUACUCGAGAUGAAAAUGAAUUCAAAUUCGAGCCUCAUCAAUAUGAUUUGAAACAUAAGUCGGCGUAUAUUGGAGAUGAGAGCAAACCUCUGCACGGAUCUGCCCAUUUCGAACGUGAUUUUUCUUUCUCUCAUUCGAGAGAACUUUCCACUUUUCAACGGUACACGGUAAAUGGUUAUCCUUGCAAAAACGACACUGUCUGUCAACAAAAUGAAAUCACUGGAUUUUGGUCUUGCGAAAUCGAACAAGCUGAUUACGGUAGCUGGGAUUAUUGUUGCGAGCCUAACCAUCGAUGCGGAUUUUCACGAGGAUAUCAUUAUCCCUGGUGUUACGUGGGUUUAAAUGAAGAUCAAUGGAGACCUUGUAGUGAAACAUAUUAUCCAUAUUAUUUAUCUACAAAAAAUCCUACAUUUUAUCGUCAAUCGCCAAUGUACAUUGCUCGUCACUGGCCAGUGAUUUAUUUUCACCAAGUAUCACCUAAUAAAAAUUGUUCUGUCAGCAAUUCAAAUAAUCAAGAUUUAUAUCAGCAUCAUCGAUCUGAUUAUCGUAUUGGCUCUCGUGAAAAUCGUCCACAUUAGAACAAUUCGAUUAUUUUCGUGUGUAUAACUCGUAAAUAAAUGUGCAGGUAUAUGCAUAAUACAUCUA